CCAGCCCAAACCGGAACUCGAGAGAUUUUGUUUUGGUUCCUUACAAUAAUGCGAAAAGACGCCAAAAUCGACGACGCCAAUUAAAGCGACUAUAAUAAAAUUGACGACUUUAAAAUGCCCUUAUUUGAUGGUCUCGGUAGUGGAGCAGAGAAGACCGCCAUCGUCAUCGAUCUGGGAACGGCGUACACAAAAUGCGGCUUUGCAGGGGAAACGGGGCCCAGGUUCAUCAUUCCGAGCGAGAUCCGCAAGCCGGGACAGCAGCAGGCAACCAAAGUGGUGCAGUACAACAUCAACACAGAAGAGCUGUAUGUAAUCCUAAAAGAGUUUAUCCACACUCUGUACUUCAGACAUCUGCUGGUGAACCCUCGCGACAGAAGAGUGGUCAUUAUCGAGUCCAUCCUCUGUCCAUCUCACUUCAGGGAGACGCUCACCAAGGUUUUCUUCAAACAGUUUGAGGUGCCCUCUGUGCUGUUUGCACCGAGUCACCUCAUGGCCAUCAUGACGUUAGGCAUCAACUCGGCCCUGGUGAUGGACUGUGGCCACACUGAGACGCUGGUGUUGCCCGUGUAUGAGUGCACUCUGAUCCUGCCAGCUUGGGAGGCUUUGCCUUUGGGUGGAAAAGCCAUCCACAAAGAAUUAGACGGACUUCUUGUGGAACAGUGCACCGUGGACACGGACACCACCACUGGACAAAGUGUACCCGCCGUCAUCGGCACCAUUCCAGAGGAGACUGUGGAGGACAUUAAAGUGAGAACGUGCUUCGUCAGCGACCUGCAGAGAGGCCUCAAGCUGCAGGCGGCCAAGUUCAACAUGGACGGUUCCGCUGAGCGCCCGGCUCCGCCUCCAGAUGUCGACUAUCCUCUGGAUGGCGAGAAAAUCCUGCACAUCAAAGGAUCAAUCAGGGACUCUGUGAUGGAGAUUCUGUUUGAGCAGGACAACGAGGAGAAGAGUGUGGCCUCACUCAUACUCGACGCCCUGGUGAAGUGCCCCAUCGACACGCGCAAAGUGUUGUCGGAGAACCUGGUGGUGAUCGGCGGCACGGCCUUGCUGCCGGGCUUCCCGCACCGGCUGCUGGCCGAGAUCCGGCAGCUGGUGGAGAAGCCCAAGUACCGCGACGUGCUGGCCAGCAAGAGCUUCCGCCUGCACUCGCCGCCCGCCAAGCCCAACUGCACCGCCUGGCUCGGAGGCGCCAUCUUCGGUGCGCUGCAGGACAUCUUGGGCAGCAGGUCGGUGUCCCGUGACUAUUACAACCAGACGGGGCGUAUACCGGACUGGUGCUGCCUGAGUACGCCGCCGCCCGAGUCGCUGUACGAACCCGGCAAGACGCCGCCUCCGCUCAUGAAGAGAGCCUUCUCCACCGAGAAGUAGAACACGUACGCCGCCAAAACAAUUGUGCUCCCUCGUAGACCGGCAGUCCUGGUAUCUUGGAACAUUUCCACACCGAUCAUGUGUUAGUGGGCACGUCCGCUUCAUAUUUGAGGUCCUACCAAAAUGCCAGUGUUAAAAUACAAAAGAGGCUUUUUUUUAAUUUUUUUUUUUUUUUAAUUUUUUUUUGGAGGGGUGGAAAAAAGGUUACGUUUAUUUAUUAUUGGGACAGGUGGUGUCUGUCCAAGUCCUCAAAUAAAGGCUUCCUACACAUACGCACGCACAUUUGUGUUCUCAGUAAUUCUAGCUGCUGCUAGCCCAAUCUUAAAAUUGAGGAUAUUCUGGUAGAAAAAUUUGUUAGCACUUCAAAUUUAACCACAAUAAAUCUGUG